AUGGCUGGAGAGAAAAUUUCAGGAUAAGGGAAACGUAAAUGCCAACCAAGAUGCCCAGAGCAUUAGUUUAAUCUCCAUCCAAAAAGUUAAAAGUGUUGGUUAAAGUAAUCUACUAACAUUGAUUUCUGUCCCUUGUACAACGAUGCUGUAACAGAUAUAAUAUAUAAUACAUAGCUGGCCUGUUUUGAAAAUAUUGUUCCAGUCUUUAAUUAAGAUGAACAAUAAUGUUUACCAGGUUUCAUUUUAGAAGUGGAUAGAGUAAGAAUUAAUUGUAUAUUAUUUAAAUUAGAAUGACUACUUGAGAAGCAUGUAAAAAUAUAAAGAGGAUCAUCAAAGAAAGAUCCAAGAAUACACAAUGAAAAAAACUAAAUUGGUAACAUAUUUAGUAAAUGUUAAGUAAAUUCCAAAACCAGGUCGUAAACAUAGAUAUUGUGGAGUGUGUCGUAAACCUUAUGCAGAUUACUUGGAAGUAAUUAUGAUAUUUUUAAAGAAUAGCACAUAAAAUCUUCAGAUCACAUCAAUUGUUUUAGCAGACAUGACUUUGUGCAUGUGAUACUAAAAAUAAUUGAUGAAGAUUAUAAAUCAAGAGAUGAAAAUAAAAUUUAAAACGACUCCAGCACAUACCCUUCAAAAGCAGUGAUGCCUAAAAAAAGAGGUCCAAAGCCAAAAGUAUAAGUCGAAUAAGGAGAACCAAAAAAGAGAGGAAGAAAACCUCUUGAACCUCAGACAGCAAAGCGAAUAAAAACUUAAUAAAUGAGAGAAGUAUUGAUCCCUGUUCGAUAAUAAUAACCUCCUCCUCCUCCUCCUCCUCCACAGACAUACUUUCCUUAGCCAUAUUACUUUCAAUAUCAUUCUUUAAAUUAGAUGAUUCAAUAUGGAGCAUUGUAAAUUCCACCACAAUUUCGUGUUAGUUUUCCAUUCCAAAUGCCUGUUGUAGCUGAUAUGUAAAUGGAAAUGAGAUGUGAAGAUAUGAGUAACUUAUUCAAUUACCUUAGUUGUAGAUGGUAAAAUUGAUGAUCGUCCUCAAUUUGAUUGAA